AUGCGAUUAUCGGGUACCGGGCGACCGUCUGUCGGGUCCAUGGCCCCCAGUGAACGUCCUUCUGCCUCGAUGUAUGAGGAUUACGUCCGCCGGGUGCGAAAUCGGCUGCGCUGCUCUGGUGCUAUCACCUCCUCGAGAUCGGCGCUCAGCCAUGGUGAUGCCGGCUCGGGGCUGGAUGACGAUUACGUGGUCGAUGUCGGUGAAGGUAAGAGGCCGAACUUCACGGAGCAGCUUUUGGCGCGUUUAGAACAGCACGGCCUACGCCGAUGCAAUGCGGACGAGGACGACUUCACUGAGUUCACCGCCUCGCCAGAAGUCAUCCACGAGGAAGCUCAGGCGGAGCGUGAUAUCGCGGAGAAUAAUCUCGACCCAAAGGUAUUUGGCUUGUCCGCACCGGGAGAUACACGGAGGGAGUAUUUUUAUAUCUGUGUACCGUGUGAAAUGCGCCUGACGAAAGUCUCAACCUUCGCCUCGACGCACAAAAUGCUGGAGGACGUGCAUUACCACUUUUCAUCCGCCGCACACCGCAGCACGGCGUCGUGGAUGGCCGACCCCGAUAUCGACGUCACCCUCACGAACUUACCACUUGUGGACGUUGCUGGCUACACCCGUAUCUUCGUGAACGGGGUGCCUAUGUUACUUCCCCGCCGUCCUGGUGGUGGAGAUAUGUUCUACGCCCUCCCCCACGAGCAGGAGUGGCUUAAUCCCAAUAACAAGAUCGUACGCCGGGCGCCCCCGCCACACCACACGUUGGAUUCAACCGCCAACGCGAAAGAAGAGGCGAAGGGGACGAAUCACAAACCCACCGCUGCCUCUCUCUACCCCUCACUGCGGUACUCCAGCGAUGCGAACUAUUGGUAUCGUCCUCUUACCAGCACGUACUGCCACCAAACGCGCCAGAUUGUCUCAAGAUUUGAGGGGAGUAUUGAGCAUGCACCGCAUAAAACGAGAACCGCCUUCCAACAAUCCAUCGCUCGACGUAGGAUUCGGGUAAAUCAUAUGCCCCUUCAAGGCGGCACACCCAACCCUCUUGUAGAUAGCUCAGUGAUACCCACCAUACCAGCCCUGUACCCCAUUCUUCGACGACGCAUAGCGAAAAAAGUUCUUAUGCGCGCGGAAAGUUCGGCACAUCCGACGUCAACCCCUGUGGAAGGCUGCCGUGUUCAAUAUAUUCAGCCUUAUCGACCAUAUCUUGAUAGUUUUGACAUUGCCGAGGACGCGCACGCCCGGACGGGCGAAAUAGCCAGCUUGGAUCGAUUCAUUGUAGAAGCUGAAGGCGUUUACCGCAUCGGACUUUUAUCUGAGAAGGAACGGAACCAUCUUGAGCAUGAACGCGAUCUUCUCGAUACAGAGGAAGCUGCUUUGGGCCCUGCGUCGUUAUCUAUGGGAGGGCAAAGUACGGAGUUUGUCAACACGGCGCCUCUUACGCAGGAAAUGCUAAGCCAACUCACGCAAGGUACGUCUUUCGCGUCGAAGCGGUUGGAAAACCACAAAAAAAGUUCGAUGUGUAGCUAUGGUAGCGCCUCAUUCGCGCAAAGCAGCCCACCCCAAUCGAGAGCGGAUGAAUCGUUUGCCUCCGCAUCAUCUCAAAAUUAA